GUGACCGGGGACGCGGCGCCGCGCCGGGGGCGAUGCCCGGCGGGAAGCGGAAGAGACUGUGGAAUGCAGAAUGCACACCAUUCCCAGAUGAGACACCUCUGCAUCUGAAAAAGUCAAAUGUCAGGACAUCAGUGUCUGCUGCUUGGAUUUCCAAUGCGUGGCUUAGGUGUGGGGAUGGUUUUCAGAGCACUUCAUUGCUGGAGUCCCAGAGGCCUUCUAGUAAGAAAUCCAAGAUUAAGAAGCAUCUUGGACCACUGUUAACCGCUGCUGAAAGUGCAUCUGGAGCUGGUGCUGUAAGUUCUAAGGAAGCUGAAGACAUAAUAUGGACCUCUAGUGGCAGUGAUUUUUCAGAUGAUGAAAAUAAGACAUUGAUUCCAAGGUUGCACAGCAAAAAAAGUGACACUUCCAAAGCAGAGGAAUCGCCUAACAGACAUGAUUUAUUGUUAGAGGACAGAAGUAGUGAAGAUGAAUUGAAGCUCAUUGACUGGGAGAAGGAUACUGAUUCCACCGAUCAUUGUGAUGGGUCAGAAAAAGAGGACGGCUCACUAGAGAUAUCGGACUCGGACUCCUGCACAAACACUAAUUCUCUGCCUGCCAAAGAGGAGACUGAUGAGCUUUGUAAGGCAAUUUCGACAGAAAUAUCUGAGUACUCAUCUGAUAAUGACAGCGUGGGAGGAGGAGAGGCGACCCUGGUGACCACUACUCCAGGAUCCAGCAAGGGGUUACAGCCAUGGUCAGCAGGGGACACAGGGGAUGUCACAGCGCGACCGGCCAGCGAGUGGCUGAGGUCAGCACAAGCCCUUCUCCGCACCCCCGGGAAGCAGGCGGGAAAGGCCCCCAGAGCCCCCGCUGAGUCUGCCAAGAAGAGGAAGCUACUGAGGGGCGGGCUAGCUGAGAGGUUAUGUCGGCUCCAGAACAGAGAAAGAUCUGCCAUUAGCUUUUGGAGGCAUCAGUGUAUUUCAGAUAAUAAAAUCCCCUCAGAUAAAUCUGGUGUUUUAAUUGUGAAGAUCUUGGAAAUAUUUGAGGAGUGCACAAUACAAGUUGCCAUCUGCCAGCAGCUGGAUCAGUCUCUUGCUAUGCUUUCACCCGAGGAUGCUGUCGUCAAUGCAGAGGAGCCAAUACUCAAAGUCCUCUUCACAAGAGAGACAGCAGCUCACCUGAAGAGCAGACCACAGGAUGUUAUCCACAUCUAUCCCCCAUGGCAAAAACUGCUUCUCCAAAAUGGAGAUGUUCCUGUUAUCAUGAACACCUACUUUAGUCAGAAGGUGCUACUCAGUGAACAUUCAGAAGCCAGAGAGAAGACAUAUGGUCUUACAAAGAUGCUUAUCCGGAAGAAUAUUAUAUCUUUGGCACAGACGUUCGGACUCGAUGACCUUGAUGAUAAGUUACACCAGGAAUCUUCAGACAGUCAGGUUCCCUGCGCUCCACAAACCCAUAACAACAGUGACUCAAAACUGCAUCUCUUAGCACAGUGUGCUGUCAAUGAUUCUCUGCUUGAAAUGGUGGAAAGCCAGGGAGCAGUGGGAUGGAGAGAAGUGCAGGUACGAGUUGUUAUCCAAAGGGUGUACUGUUUGCCUGCAAGAGAAGGGUACAGAAGUCACACUCAAGGAAACAAGCCUCUUUGUGCAACACCCAUCAUGAAUUCAGAUCCACCAAACGUGAGGUUAUGCCUCCUUGUCCAGGAUGCCUAUGGCAUGUUCAGUGAAGUGCAGCUGCAGUCCCUGAGUUCCACAGAUGACAUUGAGCAGUACUGCAGGAGAUGGGAAGGAAAAUCCUGCUGCUUAGCUGGAAUGAAAAUUUUGCAGAGAACUACAAGAGGAAGGGCAUUAGGACUGUUUAGUCUGAUAGACAGUCUGUGGCCUCCAGCAGUGCCUGUAAGAGUUCCCGGACAAAGUCAAGACUCUGAAAUGAUGACAGCUAAUCUUCCUCCUCCCAGCUUCUGUUACAUUCUUACUGUUCAGUCUGGUGAAAUACAUGUGGAAGUGGAUGAGGAAGAACAGAUUUCUAAUUUGUACCAGCCACCAGCUGUUCAUGGUCUAAAGGAAAUUCUUCGGAUUGAUGGUUGUAACGAGCGGUGUAGCUUCUGGGCCCGAGUGCUCUACCAAAGGCUGCAGACAAAACACAGUGUUCCUAUAGAUCAAAGAGAAAUGUUGCUGUUUGUGACUGACUCCACAUUGCAAAAUGUGGUUCAUGGGAUUCCAAAAGUUGUGGCUGUGUCAGUCACUGCAUCCUGUGUUCUCAGUACGGAAAUCAUAGAAGCCCUCAAUGCUGGCUCUCGACUUGUCUUCUUCAAGGAUGCUCUGUGGGGAAAUGGUAGGAUUAUUUGUGUUGAACGUACUGUUCUCUUAUUACAAAAGCCUCUUUUGUGCUCGGCUGCCGGUGCUGACCUCAGUGAGCUGACUGGCCCUGUCAGACUCGAUGAGCUGGAUUCUACAACACAGGCCAACUCCAUUUGUGCUCUGAGAGGUACUGUUGUUGGAGUUAAUGAGAGCACUGCUUUCUCCUGGCCUACAUGCAACAGAUGUGGCAAUGGAAAGUUGGAACUGUAUCCCCAGGACAGGUGAGAGUCAGCAUGCUCCAGAGCACUCCAGGUGUUUUGUAGAUGUAGCCAUAAGAGCAGUAGGUGAUGCAAUGAUUCCUGCAGGCACAGGCUGCACUUUGCUCCUUCCUAGAGCUACGACGUAGUAUUUUUAUUGCUGAUGAACUGAUAAAACCUGCAAGGUUACAUUAAUAUAUUAAGAAAGAU